UUCUAGCUUGCUACAUCCUUUCAUCUCUGCAAACAAACAUGGCACAGUUUUUCCAACUCAUUUCAUGCAUUUCUCUUCUCUUCCUACUCCUCCUUGUUCCCUCCAACUCCGAAAACCCUAAAGCGCCACCUUUCGGAUUUUUAAAGCCACUUGAGGGAUGCAAGAAAGGGGAGAACCUAGAAGGUCUCCGUGAGCUCAAACAAUAUCUCAACAAAUUCGGAUACCUAAAUUACAAUUCUUCGAAAGCGCACGAUAAUGACGAUUUCGAUGAUUUUCUUGAGGCCGCUAUGAAGGCCUACCAGGCUAAUUAUAAUCUCAAUGUCACGGGAACGCUAGAUUCUGAAACACUGUCCAAGAUGGUGACGCCGCGGUGCGGAGUGCCCGAUAUAAUCAACGGGACGAAUAGCAUGACGAGAAACAAGAAACGACACCGUCACAACAACAGUCCUAAGAAGCUCCACACCGUGUCGCAUUAUACUUUCUUCCAAGGCUCCCCUAGAUGGCCAGCUGAUAAGACGAGUCUUACUUACUGGUUCAAUCCUCGGACUAUCCAGACAGAUGCUAUGCCCGCAUUUGUCAGAGCAUUCGACAAAUGGGCCUCGAUCACACAGUACUUUACUUUUGCUCAGACUGAGGAUUACGAGAGCUCGGACUUGAAGAUUAGUUUCGAGAGGGGAGACCAUGGGGAUGGUUCCUCUUUUGACGGCCGAGGAGGAGUUCUUGCACAUGCUUUUCGACCAACGAACGGGAAUCUUCACUGUGAUGCGGAUGAGUUGUGGUCCAUAGGGGCUCUUCAAGAUUAUACGGAUUUAGAGACGGUCGCUUUGCAUGAAAUCGGACACCUUCUCGGACUUGAUCAUAGCUCGGUGGAAGAUGCAAUUAUGUUCCCGACUAUUCGUUCGGGAGUCACGAAAGAUUUACAUGAUGAUGAUAUUCAGGGAAUCAAGGCAUUAUAUAACAUUUGAACGUGAUCUCUUCGUAUAACUACAUAGGUAAUUACUGAAUGGAAUGAAGUUGAGGGUUUUGAUCGAGUACGCGUGCAUGGUGUAUCACUCCUCUGGGAAUGUUUACUUUGCAUGAUUCAAUACCUUGUAUUUCAAUAUAUAUUAUGUGUUAUGCAACUAUUAACCAGCUUGUAAUAUUUGUUGUUCAUGUUUUAUUUGAAUCUUACAUUUAUGGUGAAAUAAUAUUGUUUUUUUGUGUU